UCACCCCUACCCAAGCGAAGAAUCGAUAUGGGGAAGAAAAAGGACGAGAAUUGGCCCCCUUCUCCACUCGUCCUUCUCCCUCUGCUCCCGAGGCAGGCAGCACAAUUCGGCGCAGGCGCACUGGCGCGGCCGUCUGGCGGCUUUUGGGCGUCGGCGGAAGGGGGCGGUAGAGGUUGGAGUAGGCGAACCUUCAGUGACGCCUUAGGUGCCCUUGAAACUCCCUCCUCAAGCAUCAUGCCUCUAACCAGUGUCAGCAGAAAGGCUGAUAAGUCCUUGGCUGUGUUCUGGGGCUGUGAGUUGAACUGGGAUAAUCGCUCAUAUACCUUUGAUCCCUUGGAAGAUGAGAACUGUGACCGUAAGUUAAUGCUGAACCUGAUCUGCCUAGGGGAGACAAAAAGUGAUGAUUUGAACGUAGUGGAGAUCAUACCACCCCCUAAUGAGGAUGGCAAGGAGAGACGCCCAUUUCCCUUUGCCGCACUGAAACCCUCGGUCCUGCCCAUGGUCAACAUUUCAGGAAUGGAGCUCAAUCCCCCCAUCACUUUCUACCUUCGGCGUGGCCCAGGGCCAGUCUACAUCAGUGGCCGUGAUCUUACUGUGCGUUUAGACCCAUCCUGGGAGGAAAAAGAGGGGGAUAAGGGGGACGAAAAGGAGACAGAGGAGGCUGAGGAGGAAGAAGGAGAUGAUGAUGAUGAUGAUGACUAUGACGACAAUGAUGAUGAUGAUGAUGAUGAUGACAAUGACGAUGAUGAUGAUGACGAUGAAGAUUCUAAUGAGAUAUCCUUGGAAGAGACUUCUCCACCUAAGCCAGCCAAGCGACGGGCAUCCAAAAGUCAGACUGGUGUUGCAAAGAGUCCCAUUGCUGAGGAGCCUUGAAAUGAAGGCCAAAGGCAAGAAGGCAAAGACAAUACUCAGGAAAUAAAGGCAAUGUGCAAGAGAGGGACUAAAGGACCAAGAAAGAGCAAAACGGGAACUGGGAAGAAAAAAUAAAUAAAAAUAAAUUUUUUUUCUGGAA